GUUUGAGAAUAAAAACGUCCUCAUUUCCCCCCAGAAUACUGAUGUACUGAUGUACAUUCAUAAAAUAGAUGCGUAGUUCUGUCUUCUGUUUUCUUUUUUUUUUAAACAAGAUUAACAUUUGUUAGAGAGUCACACCAAUCUUCAUAUAAAUUUCUUGUUAGGAUAAAUAUUAUGUAUGAUUUUGUAACGUAUUUCUUUAAACUUUGUUGCGGAUUUUUCUGGGAGAAGCCAUGUUGUUUCCCAAUACAUUUUAUACAAAAAUGGGAUUUCCACACAAAGGUCCACGGUGGAGUAAUACCUGAGUUUUCCUGCAUCACCUCCUGUUAGUAAAGCAGGUAAAAGGUAAAAGCCGGUGCAGGCGUCACGUGACCCCAGUCAGCCAAUAGCCGGAGGAGAUUCAGGUAUCUCUCCAGGUGAAGUGGAGCAAGCAGAGGAAGGCUGACGUCUGCGUCGUCAUCUCAAUGUGACGAAACUGUAAUAAACUAACAGCUUAUAUUGUAGGUAGUGAUGUAGGUUUACAAACAACUCUUCACUCGGUUUAUUUCUCACCUGAAGAAGGAAGAAGAAGAAUACUGCUUGGCAUGGCUGUGAUUUUAGUUGCUUUCAUAUUGUUGUUCUCCGGGAAAUGGGACAAGACUUUCCUCGCAGACGCUCAGUCCUGUGUGGAUGAGAGGGCGUUUAAGGAGCAGGUGCUGUAUGAGGGGCAGCAGGAGCCUCCAUAUCGGCUGGACUGCCCCCUGGAGCUCCAGGGCUCCCCCCAGCCCAAGCUGACCUGGCAGAAGGACUGCAAACCGCUCCUCACCCAGGAAGGGAAGGCCUACCUGGAGUUUACCAGCUUCAGUCGGCAAAAUCAGGGGAACUACACCUGUAUGCAACAGGGCAACAGCACAGCCUCAUUCACUGUGCAUCUCACAGUGAAAGAGUCCCAGUGCUCCAGAGACCCAGAAUUUCUAACAAGAGGGACCCCGGAAAUAUCCAUGAGCGAUGCAGAGUACAUAGUGACACUGAACUGUACUGCUCUCCUCUUCUGGGACCCAAAAGAAGAGCACUGUGAGACCAAGCUGCAGUGGAGUAGAUAUGGCCAGUCCCUCGCCAAUCAAACUUACACACAGAAUACCUCCUCGUGGUCUCCUGCUGCUGGCCAGCUGAUGGUAACCAGUCUGCUGGCGAUCAGCGUCACAGAUGAGGAUGAUUAUGGGCUCUACAUCUGUACAGUGAGGAACUUAUCCAUAACCUUCGACGUGCCUCAUUCAAAUAUUGUUAAGUGCUAUGGCGGCCCCAACCAUGCAGCUGCUGUUGUUGCAGCCAUCAUCCUCCUCCUCUUGCUCGCUGUAGCUGUUAUUGUGUACUCCAGAUGUCACCUGAACAUCAAACUUUGCUACAAGAACUCCUAUGGAGACUAUGAACUCAACGAUGGCAAAUUAUAUGAUGCCUACAUCUCCUAUGUGAACAAUGAUCAUGACAGGAAGUUUGUCAACUUUAUCCUCAAACCUCACCUGGAGAAUAAAAAUGGGUAUAAGGUGCACCUCAAUGAGAACGAUAUCCUCCCUGGCUCAGAACCUUCUGCAGAGCUGGUGAUGAGCAUGAGUCGUUCCCGGCGUCUGAUUGUGUUGCUCUCUCAUGCUUUCCUUGAGCAGGAUUGGUGCUGCAAUAACUUCAGACAGGGACUUCUGCAUUUGUUGGAGUUGUCUCGGCAGCCCAUCCUCAUCCUGUUGGAGGGUCAGUCCAAACGCAUGAGACCUGAGAUCAAGCAACUGCUCAAGGAGAACCAGCACUGCCUCACCAUACUCACCUGGAAACACAACUCUGUGACUCCUUCCUCAGUCUUCUGGAAGGAGCUGGCCCUUGCGAUGCCUCGCCGAGUCCUCUUCCGCAGCGAGUCAACAGGCGACCCUCAGACUCUGCUUCAAGAUGACAAGGACCCCAUGCUGACUAUUGAAUCCGACUACCUGGACUGCCGCUCAGACACCGACCCUGCUGGAGAUCUGGGGCUUCGCCUCCCUGUGUACAAGUCUUUGUCCUUCAAAGCUCCAGUCCUCCCUGCUGAUCCCCUCACUGCGGCCGAGCCCAAACACUCUGACGUUGACGUGUCAGACCUGGGAUCACGCAACUAUGGAGCCCGCACAGACUUCUACUGCCUGGUCACUAAGGAUGACAUUUGAUCCACACUCCUCUUACUUUAAUGGUCUCUAUCAGGUUAAUAUUGGAGAUCCUCAUUGACAUUGCUUUAAAGAUAUCUAAAGGCUGCAUCCACACUAAUAUGUUGAUGUUUUAAAGGGAAAAAAUCUUUGUCCACAGAAGCGUUUAAGCACAGUAUCAAAAAAGAAUCUCCAUCCAUUGACCAUUUAUGUACACUGAUUGUUAGAAGAAAAAACAGCAGGGUGGAACUAUUACUGAAAGUCACAAAUUAGUAUAAGAUGGUGAAGGCAGCAGAAAACAUAGAUGGGGAGUUAUUACAAAGGAAAUAUAUAUAUAAAGGAUAUAUUAUAAUAUGGAGACAUAUUACAGCUUUUUUCCAUCACUGCACGAAACCAUGGCAAUGUCAAAAAAGAUCUACACAAGAGCAAUGAAAUUACAAAAGGUAUGCAGGGCUAUAAUGUUUUGACUUUAAAUGUGUGUGUCUGUUCAAAAGUCUGUUCAAAUCUGUGACUUAAUUGCGACCCUGGAGAUUUCAAACUAAAAAUGUCAGCAGUUUCCAAAAGUCCUUUUUUAGGUUUGGAAAUGCUGUCGCAGUGUGGACGCUAGGUUUAAAUGUUUAAAAACUAAACUUAUUAGUGUGGAUGUAGCUUAAGUCAAUAUAUUUUUUUAUGUACAGUGUAUUGUUGAAAAUCAAAGUGUUGCAUUUUUCUGUUUCUAUUUACUCAAAAAUGAUUUUUUUAAUGUUUUUUUAUUUCUUUUUUACUGUUGUGUAAAUAUUUUGUGAAAAAAUUAUUCAAGAAAAUAUCUUAAAUAUAAAUCAGGAAAAGAAGUAACUUUUGAUUGUUUCACUGCCAACAUGUGUUAUGAAGUCUCCAGCAGAGGGCAGAGUAAUGUCAGAUAAGAUGAAGGAAUUCUGCUUUUUAAGCAGUUUGUCAUAAUUUGACAGCCGAUCGUAUGCGGAGGAAAUAAAUGUUACGGAUAAAGUCGAAUUUGAACCCAGAACUUUGGUACUAGUUUGCACACCAGUCAGACGACGCUCAAGUAUGAAGAACUCUUUGACAUUUCUGUCCAGGUGGGGCCUUUGUGUGUGUGUGUGUUUGUGUGAUGUGAACCCUGAUAAAAUUACAGCAAUCACGCUAAUAAAGCAGUUUGAUGAA